AUGUGUUUUUCUGCAAAGCAGAAUGCUCAUUUUAAAAUGACAGAAAAAUUAUGCAAUAAUGAUUUUCGAAAUUUAAUUUUUAAUCAAAUCCAAACGGAAAAUGAUGCGAGUCGUGAAAACAAAACAUCGCAUUCCAUUACAGCUAAAAAAAAGCAUCAAAACCGAUAUAUUCAAAUAUUGCGACGCCAAAAAAAACUACGUGAACAAGAAAAAAAGAUAACCAAUGGAGUUAUUAAAUUUCGUGAUAGAGCUGCUGAACGUCGAAAAAUGGAAUCAGAUACAUCACAGGUAAAUCAUGAAUAUGAUCGUCAAAAAAAUUGUACUCCACAAGAAUCCCAAUAUCUUGGCGGUGAUAUUGAGCACACACAUUUAGUUAAAGGUCUAGAUUAUGUUUUAUUAAAAAAAGCUACAAUGGAUAUUCAAAAAAAAGAAGAAGAAAAAAAGACUGAAGGAAAAAAACAGAAUUCGUUAGCGUUAAAUACCUUGUUAAUCCAAAAACCAUUCUCUUCCUUACCAUCUUUUUCAGGUCAGAGUAAACAAAUUCUUCAUUCUUUAACAUAUGGACUUCAUUCUCAUCAUAUUGCGUUUGAAAAAAAAUUACAACGUCUUGAUUCCGUUCUAUACCACGGUUCUCGGUUUAAGGGCAAUAACAACGUUUUUGCUUCCAGAACAUUAUUCUAUCAAUUCAAUUUAACCAAUGAUCCCCCUGGUAUCCCUUUUUCCAUUAUACACGGAGCAACGUCUCAAAGUUCUUUACAUUAUAACGUGAUUCCUUUGCAGCCACACCUUAUAAAAUAUCUUGUUCCGAAUUCGUCACGCACUCUGGAAACUUUAGUCAGUACACUUGCUGAAAACGAAACUCAAAUUAUAACGGAAGAUGAGGAUAUUUUUGCUAAUGUCGGAACUUUCCAAAACGUACAAGAGUUAUUUGAAUCUUCUUCUUUGGAACAGAAACAAUUAACAACAGCGCCUUUAUCAUAUUUUGAAGCUUUACCUGCCAAUAAAUUAUCAGAGCAAAUGAAAACGACUCAAGCUCGUGAAGCCUCGACUUCCUCUGAACAAAAAGAAGCUAGGCUUGUACAAAAAAUGCUGCAACCUCGUAUUGAUUAUUAUGAUGAAUGUUAUCCAAAUCCACACGUUCAUUCCGAUGUAAAAAAAAAGCACCAGGUCCCCAAAGAAGAAACCAAUUUUGCACAUGAAAAAAAGUCUUCCUUUUCUUCACACUCAACAAAAAAUAAAAAUAACACGCAUGUUCCGUCCGCUCGCGCUGUGCGUCGUCAAGUCGAGAGAGAAUGGAAGCAACUUGAAGGAUAUAUGGAAAGUAAAAAACAUCGAAGUCUUGACGCGCUUGAAUCUGAUGUAACUCAAAGGAUUUCUCGAAAAAAGACUUCUGCAAAUGUUUUAAACGUUUUAUAG